CUUCUAUUACCCGUUACUUGUAGGUACAAGGAUAAGAAUAGGGGAUGCAUUAUUAUUCUUAGCAUGGAUUCUAAAAAAGAACGCCACUGGUGAACCAUUUGUUCUUCAAGGUCGUCAUAUCUUUUUUAUUCGGAUCUGUUCUUUUUUUUCGUUAGUUCCAAAUCAUUUUUUAGAGCCUUUACUCUAAUCUCCUCCGAUAAUCCGAUAUGUUCUUGCUUUCUCUUCUUGACUUUUCUUAUGAGUGAUGAUGGCAGCAAAUCAUUGGUACGUCAUAAACACGAAGUUUAAGCGUACCUGAAUUUAUGGCCAAUUAAAAUGAGCUCAGAAACCUUAUUUUCAAAAUUGCUUUCCCGAUUCUAUGGGACUCAAUUUCUUUGUCCCGGUGUAAUUAUGAUCUGUAGCAUUAAAAUAGGCAGUUUAGACAAUGAAGCUUUUGAGGAUCGCCUCAAAUCGAGUAUCCUUUCUCUUUUGAUAGGUAUCAGUCAUUUUGUUAUAUUAGUAAAGUAUAACUUAAAUAUCCUAAUGUAGAAAACUUGUAUAAAUAUUCGUGAGUAUUCUAUUGUGAACACAAGGUAUGUUUCUUCUUUUUUAAAUG